UUUGAUAAAAUUAUAUUAUGAAUAAUUGAAAAAUAUCAGUGUAUAAUUGAAAAAUAUAAUUCAAAAAGUAAGCUAUCAUAGUCAUUUGUGCAAUUAAAGAAAGUAGCAGUUAGUAAGCUUAGCUAACCAAAACAAUAAAGUUACGAUGUCUGAAUCCGAGAAUGUAAGUAAAAAUGCAACACCCCAAGAGGAAACCAAGAAGGAAACCACUUCAGUCGAAGACAAAUAUACAUGGAUGGUCAGGCCAUGUGAAAUAUAUAAAGACGAAUAUAAUGAUUGUACAAGUAUAAGAGCACGCUUCCAUCAGUAUUUUGUAUUUGGAGAACCAAUAAAUUGUAAGCAAUGGAAUACUGAUUACAAAAAUUGUAAAAAGUGGAAUACGUACAAAUCCAAAGAAGCAUAUGAUGAAUUGAUAGAAAGUGAGAAGAAACGUAGAUGGGAAAGGUUACAAGGUAAUUUUUAUAAUGAUAUUUGGCAAAAGAGAGACAAACCACCAGAGAAUUGGAAUACACCAUUACCUGAUUGGAUAAUAGAACAAAAUAAAGGUUCAUAUUUAAAAUGUGUAAGUGAAAAUAUAAAAAAUGGAGAAACUAUUAAUGAGAAAAGUUUUUGUACUCUAAUGUAA